GGCCCUGGCGAGAGCGAGUACUCGGAGCCCUUCGAGGGGGAGCAGGACCCCGCGCCCGACUGCGAGGACGAGCCCGCAGGGUGCCCCGGGCAGGGCGAGGGUCGGCGGGGGAGGCCCCGGCGGGGACCGCAACUCUACGACACCCCCUCCGAGGAGUGGGAGGCGGCCGGGGAGGGCCCGGGGGGGCCCCCGGCCCGGGAGAGCCGCCUGCCCCGCGACGACGAGCGCCCGGCGGACGAGUACGACCAGCCCUGGGAGUGGAAGAAGGAUCACAUCUCCCGGGCGUUCGCAGUGCAGUUUGAGAGCCCCGAGCGCUCGCCCAGCCUGUCCCGGCAGCUGCCACGACCCCCCCGGGCCCCCCCGGGCACCAGGCCGGGCUGCCCCCCCAGCCCCCGGCACGUGGACACCUCGGUGCCCCUGGAGAAGCAGGCGUGGUACCACGGCCCCAUCGGGCGGGCGGGCGCCGAGACGCUGCUGGCGCUGUGCCGCGAGGGCAGCUUCCUGGUGCGGGACUGCGAGACCAGCCCCGACGACUACUCGCUGUCCCUGCGGAGCAGCCAGGGCUUCGUGCACGUGAAGCUCACGAGGACACGGGAGCAGCACUUCACCCUGGGCCGCGCCGGCGCCGCCUUCCCGUCGGUGCCCGCGGCCGUGCGGCACUACACGGCCCGGGCACUGCCCGUGCGGGGGGCACGGCACAUGGCCCUGCUCUACCCUGUGGCCGUGCAGCCCCCGUGACCCCCCCGGUACAGCCCCGGGACCCCAAUAAAGCCCCGGGACCCCA